AUGAGAAAUGUGCGUUCUCAAGAAUCGGCAGAGGAAAGAGCACAUCGGUUAAACUCUAUGAGAGUUAGUGUCUCAACUUCUCGAGCCAAAGAAAGCUCUCCAGAAAGAGAGAUGCGAUUAGCAGCUGACCGAGCGAGACGAGCUACAUCACGGGCGUCUCAAAGUUCUUCUCAACGAGAGCUAAGGCUUACCAUGGACCGAGAACAACAGGUGUUAUCCCGAGAAGCUGAAACUGCUUCACAGCGAGAAUUGCGGCUCACAGCUGACCGCGAACGGCAUACAUUAUCUCGCGAGUCCGAAACCUACACUGAGAGGGAAUUACGUCUCAUAGCUGACCGCGAACGGCAUACAUUAUCUCGCGAGUCCGAAACCUACACUGAGAGGGAAUUACGUCUCACAGCUAAUCGCGAACGACAUGUACUAUUCCGUGAGUCCGAAACCUUCACUGAGAGGGAAUUACGUCUCACAGCUGAUCGCGAACGGCAUGUACUGUCCCGUGAUUCCGAAACCUACACUAAAAGGGAACUACGUCUCACAGCUGACCGCCAACGGCAUACAUUAUCUCGCGAGUCCGAAACCUACACUGAGAGGGAAUUACGUCUCACAGCUGAUCGCGAACGUCAUAUUUUAUCUCGAGAAUCUGAAACUUUUACUCAAUAUGAAGACCGUUUGACAAAUGAUAGGGUGCACCAUAAUAUUAUUCGAUCUCUUGAAGAUGAACAUGAGCAUGAACAACGACUAGAGUCGGGACGCGAAUAUUACAAUUCUUUGAGACAAGAACGAUUAAUAAGUUUGUCUAAUGAAAGAUUAAGAGUUGAAAAUAUUCGGUCUGAUUAA